CAGCGCGGCCCCGGGGAGCGCGAGCUGGGGGAGCGCGCGGCCUGCGGUCAGCGGCCCAGCGGCCGGAAAGAUGGUGUCCUGGAUGAUCUCCCGAGCCGUGGUGCUGGUGUUUGGAAUGCUCUAUCCGGCAUACUAUUCCUACAAAGCUGUGAAGACAAAAAAUGUCAAGGAAUAUGUCCGCUGGAUGAUGUACUGGAUUGUCUUUGCCCUCUAUACUGUGAUUGAAACAGUGGCCGAUCAGACACUUGCAUGGUUUCCCCUGUACUAUGAGCUGAAGAUUGCCUUUGUCAUCUGGCUGCUCUCACCCUACACCAGAGGGGCGAGUUUGAUAUAUAGAAAGUUCCUUCAUCCUCUUCUUUCUUCAAAGGAAAGGGAAAUUGACGAUUACAUUGUCCAAGCCAAGGAAAGAGGCUAUGAGACGAUGGUUAAUUUCGGGCGACAAGGUUUGAAUCUGGCAGCCGCAGCUGCUGUCACAGCUGCAGUGAAGAGCCAAGGAGCGAUAACGGAGCGUUUGCGAAGUUUCAGCAUGCAUGAUUUGACAGCUAUCCAAGGUGAUGAGCCUGUGGGACAGAGACCCUACCAGACUUUGCCAGAAGCAAAGAGGAAGAGCAAACAAGCCAGCGAGCCAGCGGCCUAUGGAACACCACUGAAAGAUGGAGGCGAGCAAACAGAUGAGGAAGCCGAUGGGCCAUUCUCAGACGACGAGAUGGUGACUCACAAGGGGCUGCGGCGGUCCCAGAGCAUGAAGUCUGUCAAGACCAUCAAAGGCCGCAAAGAGGUGCGGUAUGGUUCGCUAAAAUAUAAAGUGAAGAAGAGACCACAGGUGUAUUUUUAGUGUCUACACCUCACCUAUCUCAAGACAAAUAAUCCUAACAAAUCAACUUCAUUUUCUAACUUGAUGUAUUCAGGACUUACACUUUAAAUCUUCCGAUUGUGGCAAUGAUGGGAUUUACUUUAAUAACAUUAAGUAGUUUGUUUUUUUAACAAUUACUUUUAGAUAUUAACUGCUAAAUGUAGUGAUGUAAGGUUUAUUAAUGUGCAUGUUUAUAACAACAGUUACAGAGAAUCAUGUUAUCUGAUUUCAUCAGCAACAUUGAGUGUCUGGGAAUCUAAGGAUAAAACAUAGACCCAGGGUAUACUUGAAAAGUCUCUGCUUCAGGAUACACCUUGCCCUUCUGGUGUGGCAUUGUGUUUACGCCCAUCCGUGCCACCCACAUCUGUCACAGGAGAGUGGUGACAGCCACUGAGCAGCCAGUGUUGUGACAAAGACAUACUGUAAGGUGGUGACAUGUCCCUCACAUAAGCCUUGGAAGCUUUCCACCAUGAGCUGAAAGGUUUUGAAACAGAUAUUUGAAAACCAGGUGUCCACAUAGCACUUUCCUGGCUGGUUUUGCACACUUGAAAAUUGUUUACUUAUUUUACAACUGUACAUUUACUUUAAAUUUUAUCAGUGCUGCCUUUUUUGUUGUCUGUGAUGUUCCGACAUGUCGAAAUUACGCCUUGAAAUGCAUCAUCUCCUUUUCCUGCUCAUUUGUGUCAUUUGUGAAAUUCAUUUGAUGUACAGUAGGGAUACAUGCUAACGCUUAUUAAAUUGUUACUUUUUGUUUUGCUUUUUGAGAUAAGGUCUCUUGUGGCCCAAGGGU